CUCAAAUGAGUGCUCCAAUAACAUGAACAACCACUGACACAUCUUGAUCCAUAUAGUAAGCCACUUUUAGUGCGUUUGAGAAGAACCAGUAGGCGGCGUGCUUGAGCAAAAGGUGACAACAAUGUUCAAUGAAGGGAGCCCAGAAAGCAAAGGUAAUACAGAGAACUGAAUGUACAGUAAUGGACAAACUCAGAGCGGUUCUGAGUGGUCGUGAUGGAAACAAUGACAGAAAUAUACUGCAGGCGGCGAAUGAAGCGUCCACGCUGGGAUGGGGAACGCGCGUGAAAGGAUUCAUCGCCUGUAUGGUCAUCGGAGUAGUGUUCACUUUUUUGGGAGUAUGCUGCCUAUUUAUUCCCAAAAUAGGAUUGAUUCUCUUCAUUGUGUUUUACACAUUUGGCAACAUAUGCUCUUUAGUAAGCACCAUGUUUUUGAUGGGACCAAUAAAACAGCUGAAACGCAUGUGUGACAAGACCAGAGCCUUUGCUACAGUUGUUAUGAUAACAUGUCUGGUUCUUACACUUUGUGCAGCUUUUUGGUGGAAGAUCUUUGCACUCACAUUGCUGUUUGUCAUUCUGCAAAUCUUGGCAUUUGCAUGGUAUAGCCUGUCAUACAUUCCUUUUGCAAGAGAUGCCAUCCUGAAGUUUUUCUCCAUGCUGUGCACCAUGUGUGUGAAAUGAAAAGGGCUGAGAUUUGGCCUUUCAUCACUCCAGGGACUUUCUGCUCAAGUAUUCUGUGAUUUCAGGAUCCUCAAAAGAUCAUUGAAAGAAUGGCACAAUGGGACAUUGCUAGUUUAAAUGGCUAAUUGGACAUUUUCUUAACUUGGAACAUGAAGAAUAAGACUCCCUUUUACUGAAGGUGUUUUAUUUUGUAAAACAGUUAGGAAAGAUUGUAAGAUACCUGAAAAUUGAUAUUUAUAAAAGCAAGUAUUUUGGGGAUGGCUUUUGAAAGUUGCAUUUUCUAUUUUUCUCUACCUUUCUCUUAAUAUUAUAUAAUGAUAUAACAUUCUGUAAAUAAAGACAAGUUUUAUCAGCUAAA